AUGGCAUCCAUCCGACCACGCCCUAUUUCCCUCCGCGCCCUCCAUGGUGCGUCGACAGCGACGCGACCAGCAUGCCGACCCUCCCUCCCACCUUUCUCCUCCUCGUCUACUCUCCCACGAAAAGUCCCCAUCACUCGCAAUCACUCUACAUCAUCCGUCUCUGCCGAUGAGCUCUCCCACUUCUCCGCACUUGCCAGCUCCUGGUGGGAUCCGAUGGGUCCAUCCCGGAUCCUACACCUAAUGAAUCCACUCCGACACGAGUUUAUCGCAUCCUGUCUGGCCGAAAGCCCUCCACCCACAGCCGCCGACACUGACAGCGCAAGCUCCUCAACUGCCGCAAACUUGCACUACAUGGACAUUGGCUGUGGCGGUGGAAUCUUCGCGGAAUCGCUCGCACGCACAAUCCCGCUUGAUCCAUCUGCCGCCGCACCAACGGCGACCCGGGCAGCCUCGAUGACAGCCAUUGAUCCCUCAACAAUGCUGAUCCAAGUAGCCCGCGAGCACGCACGCAUGGAUCCUACCGUGGAUGCACACCUCCGCAGUGGAAAAUUCAAGUACCUAAACACCACUCUGGAAGACGUGCUCGCGCCCUCAUCCCCAUUCACACCCACAUCCACAUCCACAUCCACAUCCACAUCCACGUCCGAACCCACACCCUCCGGUGAUAACGCAUCACACCCCCAAUUCGACAUGGUCACCCUCUUCGAGGUCAUCGAACACAUCGACCCCACAACGACAACACCUCAAGCCUUCCUGGCCAACUGCCUUCGCGCCCUCAAGCCCGGCGGCUGGCUCAUCGGAUCCACCAUCUCCCGCACAUUCCCUUCAUUCCUCCUCAACCAAGUCAUCGCCGAAGCACCCUGGCCGAUCGGUGUUGUCCCGCGUGGUACACACGAGUGGAGUAAAUUUGUGAAUCCGCCGGAACUGCAUGCGUGGGCGCAGGAGGGUUUGAUGCGGGCCGCGGAUUCGGCGACGAGUCGUGGUGGACCGAGUGCUUUGGAUGGUAUGAGAUGGAAGUGUAUGGGGACUAUUUAUGUGCCUGGAUUGGGCUGGAAGAUGGUGCCGGGCUCGGAGAGCUGGGGGAAUUACUUCUGGGCUGUUAAGAAGGGUGUUUGA